AUGGCUAUCAACAGCGCACCACAAACCACCAACACCAGUGACACGGCAGCGUCGCCCUCCUCGUUCGACCAGCCCCACGAACCAUACACCAUUUUCGACAAACGCCAAAAGGGAUUGAUCAUAGCUCUAGUCUCUAUCGCUGCCACUUUCUCUGGCUUCGCCUCAAACAUCUACUUCCCGGCCCUCCCCACCAUCGCCGACGAUCUCAACGUCUCAGUAGAGCUCGUCAAUCUUACCGUCACGACGUACCUCAUCUUUCAAGGCCUGGCACCGAGUAUAUGGGGUCCCAUUUCCGACGUCAAGGGCCGACGAGUAGCAUACUGCUGCACGUUUAUAGUGUUUCUGGGAGCAUGCAUCGGUCUCGCAGAGACCAGAAACUAUGCCACUUUGAUCAUUCUCAGAUGCCUGCAGAGUACUGGUAGCGCAAGCACCAUCGCCAUAGGUUCCGGAGUCAUUAGCGACUUCACCACUCGACAAGAGAGGGGCGGGUAUAUGGGUGUUUUCCAGGCCGGCUUGCUGGUCCCUGUUGCCGUCGGACCCGUCAUCGGAGGGGCUUUGGCCGGGUCAUUGGGAUGGCGGAGCGUCUUUUGGUUCCUAGUGAUCUACUGCGGGAUCUUUCUUACGUUCCUCGUGCUGCUGUUACCAGAAACUUUGAGGUCGGUCGUGUCCAACGGCACCAGGGCACCGACGGACUGGCUGGGAAAGUACCCCUUAAUCAUCUACCAGCGAACCUCACAGGUCCGCCAGAGUCCCAUUGCGUCACCACCAAAGCCGGCAAAGUCUCGCCACAUUGAUGUCACUGGGCCUCUUCGCAUACUCCUCAACAAAUGCGCAGCCCCUAUCGUGGCGUUCCUCGCCGUCUACUACGCGGUAUGGCAAAUGAGCAUCACGGCAAUGUCAAGCCUCUUUGCAUCACGAUACGGCCUAUCGGAAACCCACAUUGGUCUGACUUUUAUCGCAAACGGCGUAGGCUCCAUGAUUGGCACUCUAGUCACGGGCAAAAUUCUUGACAUUGACUAUCAACGCGUCAAGGUCAGGUUUGAGGCGAGCAAUGACCAAGAAAGUACCUUUGUGGACUCGGACACCAACCACGAGUUUCCCAUCGAAAAGGCCCGACUCCGUCUUCUACCGAUUUUCGCUCUUCUACAAUGUAUCUCGAUUGCAAUCUUUGGCUGGACCAUCAACUUUCCCCGCCAGGUACACAUUGCAGUACCCAUCAUAUCAACAUUUGUGACCGGCUGGACCGCCGUCUCGACCCAGUCUCUGGUCAUGACAUACCUUAUCGACAUAUUUCCCGACCGCAGUGCCGCGGCUAGCGCCAGCGUCAAUCUCGCCAGGUGUCUUGUCGCUGCCGGCGGCACAAGCUUCGUGAUGCCGAUGGUGAGCGUUAUUGGCGUGGGGUGGGCUUUUACCGUGUGUGUUGUGGCACAACUGGUGGCAGUGACAAGUGCGGGCGUGCAGUGGAGGUUCGCCGCGCAGUGGAGGCGGGAAAUGGGCAAUGGCUGA